AUGGCUGAGGAAUUGAAGACAUUAGUAAAAAUACGCGGAGGCCAUCGAGCCAGUCUUACGAAAACAUUAGCUGUAACAGAAGAACUCUUAACGCAAUCUACGGAAAUAUUUGAAGAAACACAGGCAAGUGACUUUGAAAUAAAACUUACCCAACAACGUGUGAUUUUGGGCGAGAAAUUACCACUUCUAAAGAGUUUUGACGACAAGAUUAUUCUGUUGGUUGAGGACGGAAAUAUUGAGGAUGAGGUUGCCAGUGCUGAUGACAUACGUCAAGCUAUUCAAAGGGCAAUUGUUCACAUUGAUUUAAUUUUGGAAAAACUGAAGAAAAAAUGGAAUAAAGACAGUGGAUCUUCACCAUCGAAUCUGGAAAGUUCUCUGUCGCAAGCAACAGUACCACACACAUCUAACAGUACGGUAAGAUUACCAAAAUUAGAACUAAAACAUUUUAAUGGGAACAUAAUGGAGUGGACUCCAUUUUGGGAUUCAUAUUCUUCUUCCAUUCAUGAAAAUCCUAAUUUAUCUGGUAUAGAUAAAUUCAAUUAUUUGCAUAGUCUGUUGGAAAAAUCUGCUGCUGAAGCAAUAUUGGGUUUAAAAAUAACUUCAGCAAACUACCAAGAGGCAAUAGAUAUCUUAGACAAAAGAUUUGGUAAUCAGCAACAAAUUGUCAAUGCCCACAUGAAUGCUUUAUUAAACCUGCCCAAGGUGACUAAUGUAGAUGACUUAAAGGCUCUCAGGCAAUUACAUGAUAAAGUAGAGAGCCAUAUGAGGGGAUUGAAAUCACUUGAAGUUGACUCUGGUUCAUAUGGUAGUCUGUUAACACCUAUUUUAAUUGAUAAGUUGCCUAAAGAGCUGCGUUUAGAAGCUACAAAGCAGCUCAAAGAAGAUUGGGAUCUAGAUGAACUGAUCAAAAUCUUUAAAGGGGAACUGGAGGCUCGAGAGAGGGCAAGUCUCUUACCCGGCAGUUCGAGGGAUCCCCCAUCUAAGCCACCGUAUAAACCUAAGAUCCCAUCUGCAUCAUCUUUGUUUACUACUGGAGGAAGUCCAACAUGCACCUACUGUCAACAACCCCACCCUUCAAAUAGCUGUAGUACCGUGACUGACAGAAAUGAGAGAAAGGAAAUUCUGAAACGGUCUGGAAGAUGUUAUAUAUGCCUUAGAAAGAAUCAUGUUGCCAGAGAGUGCAAAUCUAAGAAAAAAUGUUUUAAAUGUGAUAAGCGUCAUCACAUUAGUAUCUGUCCAUCCAAUUCUAAGGUGAAACCUAACCCACCAGAGCAAGAAGCAUCCCACCAACCAACCCCCUCUGAAGAACACCCACGCAUGCAACCCCAAGGUCACCAACCCACAAACCAAGGUAGCGAACAACCUCAGAACACCCAUGUCAAUAUGUUUGUCGAUGCACAGUCCUCGAUUCUUUUACAAACCGCAAGAGCCCCCAUUUACAACCCAAAGGAUCCUAGUAAGACGUUGCAGGCAAGACUUAUAUUUGACAGUGGAAGCCAAAGAUCAUACAUAACUUCCACAAUGAGAGACAAGCUGAAUCUCCCUAUAGUAAGACGAGAUACCCUCAAGAUUAAUGCCUUUGGUUCUAAGGAUGAAGAUAUUACCUCCUGUGAUAUGGUUCAAUUUCAGUUGGACACCGAGAGAGGACAUAAGUUAAACCUAUCGGCUUAUGUUGUUCCAUUGAUAUGCUCCACAAUCGGAAACCAAAAUACAAGAUUUGCCCAACAAUCCUAUGAACAUCUUUCUGGUCUAACUCUUGCUGACUCAGCAAACGAUGGAGAAGAAUUCGAUUUGGAUAUACUGAUUGGAAGCGAUUAUUAUUGGCAGUUGGUCACCGGUCAUGUAAUCCAUGGAAACGAUGGUCCUACAGCAAUGCAUACCAAGCUCGGCUGGGUUUUGUCUGGUCCAGUGAAAGGGGCACCACCCGAUUCUCAUUCCAAUGUCAACAUUGCACCUACCCAUGUGUUACGAUGUUCUACCCAACUCACCCCUUCCCCAGAAGCAACAAUUGAAACUAACCUCAAACGUUUUUGGGAAUUGGAAUCACUUGGUAUCAGUCCUGACAAGCAUUCUGUUUACGAAGAGUUUCUAAGUACUGUGAAACACCGAGAUGGUCGAUAUGAAGUUCACCUACCAUGGAAAGAUAACCAAGUCACCAUACCAGAUAACUACCAGCUUAGUCUAAGGAGACUAGAAUCCCUCCUAAGGAGACUCCGACAAGAUCCUAAAACCCUGAAGGAAUACAACAACAUUAUUCAGGAGCAGAUAGCUAGAGGAAUCAUAGAAAGAGUUGAUGAAACAUCCACCACCAAUGCAAGUCGUGUCCAUUACUUACCACACCAUGCCAUCAUCC